AUGGAGAACAAGUAUGAUCAAUUCAAAGGACAACCUCAUCUUCCCAAGUUUGUUGUCCCAACGAGGUACAGUUUAAGGUUGAAGCCUGACCUUGUCACCUGUAAAUUCACUGGCUACGUUGACAUCUCUGUUGAUGUUGUCUCUGACACCAAAUUCAUUGUCCUCAAUGCUGCCGAACUAUCUAUUGACCCCAAGUCUGUUCACUUCAAAUCUUCAACUGUUCACGUCAAAUCUUCAAACAAGGUAUUUGAAGCGUGGGAGGUGGGGUUGAUUGAAGAGGAUGAGAUAGUGGUGGUGGAGUUUGGAAAAAGUUUGCCACUUGGUGUUGGAGUUCUGAGUAUGGCCUUUGAAGGAGCACUCAAUGACAGGAUGAAAGGGUUUUACAAAAAGAUUGCUCAUGCUUUUGCCAUUCGAUUUCCAUUCAUAGAAUCUAGGAUUAUCUUGUUUAUGCUUUUUGAAGACCCCAUUGUACCUACGAACAUAAUGGGGAGAAAAGGAACAUGGCUGUUAUCCAAUUUGAACCAGCUGAUUCCAGGCGUUGCUUUCCGUGCUGGGAUGAACAUGCUUGUAAGGUAUUGUCAGCACAUGGCCAUCUUUGCAACUGUUCGUUACAUAUUCAUCAUACGUUAA